AAUCAAUGGCCACGAUUUAUACCCAAUUAUAUUCAAAACCUUCAAAAUUCAUCCUUCAACUCCCUCCCUUCCUUCUUUGCCACUCCACCACCACCACCACCACCCACAUCUCCUCCUCUUCCUCCUCCUAACCACCUUUCCUUUUCUUUCUAACUAAUUAUAAUAUAUAUAGCACUCUCUCCCAUUUGCAUCCAUUGCCUAUCUCUCUCUCUCUCUCCCCCCACUUUUGUUUUUUAAUUUCUCUCUCUAAAACUGCUUUCUGUUUCUGUUACUGUUUCUCUAACGGUUUUUCACUUCCCCUGGCGGGAAACACACAUCUUUCCGAAAGAUUUUGCUGUCGUGUUACUGCCCCGUUUUCUCUCACUACUCCCAACCAAUAACUUGCAUCCACGUGUUGAAAAAGACAGAUGAGCUCGCCAGAACGAACACGAUUGGUUCUCACAAAUUACCCAUCAUCAUUUGGUAAGUACCAGAUUUAGGAGCCGGCUGGCGUGUGUUUAUAUAUAUAUAUAUGCUGUAAAGAAGCUUCAUCUCUCUCUCUCUCUCUCUAUAUAUAUAUAUAUAUAAAGAAAUGGAGAAAACAGAAUCACCACCGUCCGAUUCAAAAACAGCUGCACAAUCACCACCGUCCCAUUCAAAAACAGCUGCACAAUCACCACCGUUUGAUUGCCAUCAAGCAAGCGAUCACGAUCAAUUCGCUUCCAGUUUCACCUCUCUCUACCACUCGAUUUUCCCGCCAAAACCUUCACAGCUCCCGAACUCGCUCUCUUUCACCCCCUCCACCAACGCCUCGCCUUCCUCCUCCUCCGCCGCAGAUGAAAUCUCCACCGAGAACCGCCUCCGCCAAGCUCAACUGAUUCUCGAGUACCAGGACCUAUGCGAGCACUACAAUCUCUCUCUCGCGCGCCUUCAAACCCUAACUAAUGAACUCGAGUUAAUUCGUCGAGAAAAUGCAGAUCUCAGAGCAGCAAAUAGUGAGCUUGUCAAGCUUAUCAGUCUCUCUUCUGAAUCCGUGAUGCAACAUCAGAACCGUACUUUUGGAAACAAUCGUGAUGGUGCAUUUGAGAGAAGGAAUAAUGCUAAUAACGUGGAGAGAGAGAGAGUGACGUUGCCGAAGAGUAUUUCCGUCAGAUCUAGUGGUUUUGUGAAGGUGAAUCAAGCGGUUUCUGGUAAUGUGAGUAACAAUGGAGGCGGUCGCGGUAGUGCUAGCGGUAACUCAACUCGGUCUCGUGUAGCGAGUCACCUCGAUCAACUCGUUUCUGGAUCGAGUGUGCAGAUGCAGCAGAGGGUGUACGUGCCAGGAGGAGGGAAAAAGAGAUCGGAGGAGGAAAUUGCCGCUGGAAUGGAGUUGGAGGUGUUUAAUCAAGGGAUGUGGAAGACAGAGCUAUGCAACAAGUGGCAAGAGACAGGCACGUGUCCUUAUGGUAACCAUUGUCAGUUCGCUCAUGGCAUUGGCGAGCUACGUCCAGUUAUCAGGCACCCAAGGUACAAGACUCAAGCUUGCCGUAUGGUUCUUGCUGGCGGGGUUUGCCCUUAUGGACACAGAUGCCACUUUCGCCACUCCCUCACUGACCAAGACAGGUUACUGCUGGGUCCUCGUUGAUCAUCUAAAAAUAAAUGCAUGGAUUAUAGUCUGGGCUUUUGAAUAUUUGAUUGGUUGAAGAAGAGGGAGGUGUAAAGAUUAAGCAAUUAAUGGGGUUAUGUAUAUAAACCUAAUCAUCAGUACUCAUAUUAUUCAUGCAUCAUAUAAUAGUGGUAAUAAUAAGAAGUAAUAAAACAAUAUAUGAUAAUAAGAUGUUGGAAAACAUAGGUAU